ACCGUUUGAAAGGGAGAAGAAGUUAAAUAUUAGCCACAUUUUGGCGGGCCUCGUCCUAGGUCAACUGUUCCUCCACCUGUCGUGUUGGGAGGGCGGAUAUUUUCUGGAGCACAAAAUACACCACUUUCUGCAGCUGCACGACGUUUUCCCCGAGCUAAAGUGUUGUCUCUGGUUGCAGUUUAUACAGGGAGGUACCCCUAAAGGCCUUGAGUGGGAUAACAGAGCAUCGCAGCUGCAAAAUCUGAGGUAAAAGGGACGUUGUAAGCAACAGGACAUUGGCAAAACAAGAUGGAAGCCUCGGAGAUGAGUGAAAAACCCCUGGUUGAGGGGAGCGCCGCAGCAAAGGAAGACGUCAAGGAGAAGUUUGAGACAGAGGAGAGUGCUGAGGUCAGCCCAGAGGAGAAAAUGAGGGGAGAGAUUGAAGCACUCCUGGAGAAAACUAGCGGAGAGAUCGAAAAACUCGAAGAGGAGAAACAAAAGAGAGGUAUUAAAGAAGAAGGGAGUGAAACGGAGAAGAAACCACUGAUAAGUGAGGAAGGCGAGGAGAAGGCAGCCGAAGAAGAGACGUGGGCGACUCUGAAGGAAAAGGAACCCGAAGAGCCACCGAAAUCACCCGAAGUACUUCCCGAAAACAUCACGAUGGAAGUUUCGGAGCUCUACGACCCCGACGGCUCGCCAGUGGAGAAAGAAAGCCCCUCCUUCUUAUGGCAGUCGGAAGAUCAGCUGUGGGAGGAAGUUCCACCCGCCGAAGGAGCCGACGACAAGGACAAGGAAAAACCUGGAGACAAGAAGAAAGACAAGAAGAAGACGAAGGAGGAGAAAGAUAAAGAAAAGGAGAAGAAGAAAAAGGAGAAAGAGGAGAAGAUGAAAGAAAAGAAGGAAAAGGACGAAAAGGCCAAGCAAGAAAAGAAAGAGAGAGAUGAAAAGGCAAAGAAAGAAAAGAAGGAAAAAGAUGAAAAAGCAAAGAAAGAAAAGAAGGAGAAAGACGAGAAAGCGAAGAAAGAAAAGAAGGAAAAGGACGAGAAAGCGAAGAAGGAAAAGAAGGAGAAAGAAGAGAAAGCUAAGAAAGAAAAGAAGGAGAAAGAUGAAAAGGCUUCAGCAGAAAAGAAGGAAAAAGACGAAAAAGCUGCAAAAGAAAAGAAAGAAAAGGACGAAAAAGCUGCAGCAGAAAAGAAGGAAAAGGACGAAAAAGCCGCUAAGGAGAAGAAAGAACGAGAUGAAAAGGCCAAGAAAGAAAAGGAUGAGAAGGUAGCCAAAGAGAAGGAACGGAAAGAACUGGCUGCGAAAGAAAAAGAAGAAAAGGCUGCAAAAGAAAAGGAGGAGAAAGCUGCCAAAGCCAAGCAAGAAAAAGAAGAGAAGCUGAAGCAAAAGGAGGAAGAGGAAGCUGAGAAGGAUGAACAACAGAUAGAAGUAGAGACAAAGGCAGUGGAGGAAGAGAAAGAGAAGCUGAUGCCAAAGGAAAAAGAAGCUGCCACAGAUCCAGAUGCGAUCGAAAUUCUCGCAGAAGAAGGUUUGAUACCGGCCGAGAGGAGAAAGCCAGACGGAAUUUGGGAGGAGAACAAGAAGGUGAUCAUCCUCGGUAUCGUGGCGUUCGUGUUGGUGGUCAUCAUCACCAUCGCUAUCGUGGUGCCUCUCACACAGGGAAGACCUUACAGGAUGGAGCCGUACCUGAACUUCAGCAUCACCACCACCUGGAACAGCACACCGAUCGCACAGCCCCUCAACUUCAGCCUGGAGUCGGGGGAGAGGCCGGGGAGCACCCCCACUGACCCGCCCGUACCGGGGCUCACGGUUAACAUGGAUCUGCCGUUCUACGGAGUGGACCCUGCACCAGCUGGCCCUCCAGGACAGCCUUUCGACCAACUGUGGAACUACGAAGUGUUUGAGAUUUUCUUUCUUGGACCAGAAGAUCGGUACCUAGAGGUGGAAUUUGGGCCAUAUGGACACCAUCUAGUCCUCCGUCUGCAGGGAUCCAGGCAGCUGAUCGAGACAAAACUUCCCCUGCAGUACACCGCCCGGAGAACAGGUAGCCGCUGGACGGGCCAGGCCUUCAUCCCGUGGGACUACAUCCCGCCACAGCUGGGGUGGAUGAACGCCUACGGGAUCCACAACACGUCCAACAGCGAGCGGCGCUACCUUGCCCUGUACCCCGUCCCCAGGGAGGACCUGGCUGCAUCCGGAGAGCCAGACUUUCACAGGCUUGGCUACUUCAAACCCCUCAAUGUCAGUGUGCUGUAUCCUGCCGGCUGGAAGCAACCGUUACCGGAGAGGUGGGCAACAAACAGAGUACCGGCACCUUUGCAGGAAACACCAGUACAGGAAACACCUGUUCAGGAAACACCUGUCCAAGAAACACCUGUGCAGGAAACACCUGUCCAAACACCUGAACAAGAAACAGCUGAUCAGGAAUCACCAGUGGAACAAACAUGAUUCACUUCUCUGUAAGAGAUUGUUUUCUUUCUUGUUCAAUGCUUAAUGACGUUGGCUACUCUUUAUGAUGAUUUUGAAGGUGAAUAGCAGAGAUAGACAAGUGUCAAAGGAGGGCACACCUUGGUAAGAGGUACAGUGACAGUGCUAAGAUGACACUUUCUGUUGCUUUGCUUGUUUGGCAUGGUAUGGGUCCUAUUGAAAAACAAACUUCAAAAGUUAUAUCAAAUAGGUCUCUCUCAAUUGAGUGGUUAUUGUCAGAUUCUUAAAGUUUUUACAGUUUGACAACUUACGACGUUUAUUAUAACACUGGAAAAAAGCUGUCAGCUAAAAUACUUUAGCAGAAUUUUAGUUAAAAGCAAGUAUUGUAAUAUUGCAAGCUAGUGUUUUAUUUCAACUUAUAUGUCAUGUUUUGAGUUGAAGUGAGUAGGUCUAGAAUUUCUCUUCAUCCUCAGCAAAAGUGCAAUCAUGAAAGUUAAUGUUAGACAGCAACUUCUAGUUCUAAUCUUUUACAACAAUGAGAACAUUUGGAUGUUUGAUUCACCAUGUGUCAAUGUAAUGUAUGAUCAUUUAUCUCCAUCAUGUCAUGUUGUAUACACUAUAAAAAACAAGAAUGCAAUACAGGCAGUUUGGUAGUGCCAAAUUAUGUGUGAUUACGUAAUAGUAUGUAUUUCAUACAAUGACAUGUGUAAUGUAAGAUUUUCAUAAGUACUUGUAGUGGUUUUGUUCUAGAAGUUGAACGUUAACCAGUGAAAAUUCUAUCAUGUUUUUUUGAUGGUAAGUAAGGCUUAAUCAUUUGAUGUUUUGACCAAAUUACUAUAUUUAGGGCAAUGCAUUACUGUUUUGAAUAUGGAAUUUUUUGGAGUGUGCUGCUGUAAUUAGAGUGAGUACAGUAAGAGUGAUCUACUGUAAGGCAUAGAAUGUCUAUAACUCUGUUUUUAUAAAAUAGACAUACAGCAUCAAGACAAAAGCUUUGCAAAAUAUCACUUAUGGUAUAACAUUAGCAUAUCUUAAGGUAUCAGCUAUUUCCCUUGCAGUCUACUAUGGGCGAUUUGAAUUUGCAUAGAUGUGGCUUUUUCAAUUAUGUUAUGUGGUGUAUAGAUCCAACUUCUAAUAUACCCAAGAAAGGCGUUUAGAUAUAGUUUGUUUUUAAACAUGUGUGAUGUUUUAAUGCUAUUGCUGUUGCUGAUAUUACCUUUCAACUGUACUUCCAUAUCAUUUCCUUUGUGAUGCUAAAUAAAACUUGCUUUUUGACAAUGUA